AUGGAUCCGGACUGCGCCAUCUGCCAUGCUCCGGCCUCGAUGGCCUGUGACUGCGAGGCAAAAGGCCUCGAAGUGGCUGUUAAACAGGCCGAGGAACGCAUGAUGCGAUCCAUAUAUAGUGACAUACGUUCGUGGGUAAGGGCCCAUGCUCAAGAUUACAUACUUGAGUAUUUCCGUCAACUCGCUGAGCGACGAAAGACGGCCCACUCGGCUCAUCUUGAUCACAUCACUGCCCACGCCUUCUACCAUUACAAUGCGCCGCCACACCCAAACCAAAUUGCUGAGGCUCAGGCCACCCUGAAGCGAGGCAUUGAUGAAGAUUGGCAGGCCAGCGUCCAACGUUACCCCGAGGUCCUCGAGUAUUUCUACAGCCUCAUCGAGCUCACCCUUCCCGCAGACGAUGAGGCAGCCGUGAAAAAUCCUCCAUUGACUGCUCCUCCUCGAAAGCCGACCCGUCGAGCCGGCUCAAUCAGCGCCAGUGCUGGCACUCCUGCCCCUCCUCCAGCCAUAGCUCCUCCAUCACAAUUUCAUGACCGUGAGGCUCUUAUGGAGCGUCGCACUCCUGCCCCAGCUGCUGCAUCACGAGACCGAAGGACAUUCAGGCCGCCACCACCACAGCACCACCCAUCUUCAUCGUAUUACGCACCUUUUGGAUAA